AUGUUUUUAAAACGUGUUCAACGUAAUCAAUUUGAUUUUCAUCAAUUACCUUUUAAAUCACUUUUAAAAUUAUCUGGAAAAAAUUUUAAAGUUAUUCAAUAUCCAAAUGAAAUUCUUAUUUUAUCAGGAGGAAUUCUUUCACAAAGUUUUAUUCAAGAUGAAAUUCUGUGUGAAUCAAUUCAUUUUGCUUUAUCAUCUUGCUUGUCUGAUCAAUUUCCUAAAAAUUCUUCUUUAUGCCAUUGUAAAUUAUUUUCAAAUUUAAAUAAAGAUGAAUCAAUUGAUAUGAAUUUAUAUAAUGAUGAAACUAUUCAAGGAUAUAUUCAAAAAUGUCUUCAUCUCAAUAUUCAUCAAAAUAAAAAUUUCUUUAUUUAUUUAGAUAAAGAUUCUAAAUUAGAUAAAGAUUUAUCACUUCUUGAUAAUAUUAAUGAGCAAGUUCCAUUUGAAAGAUUGAUGCAAAGAAAUAAAUUGAAUAUUUAG